UGCUACUAAUAAUGUCAAAAUCAGACCAUAACUCUAUCGUAACAUUAAUUUCGUGCUAGCAAAGAUUUUCAUUAAGCGGGAGCCCCGAAAGUGUAUUAUGCAGCGGAAUAUUUAUUUUGGAGCCAAAAAACUUAGCGAAAUUUAUGUUUUGGAGCGGCUUUUUUUUUUGGUAAAGUUAUUUAAAAAAAAAAUAGAUGUUUUCAUUCAUCACGCACAAAAAAAAAAUUUAGCAUCUAUCUCUCGUCGUCCUCUGUCCUUCGUUCUUCUUUUUUUUUUCUUUGACCAAUGUCCUUCAUUCUUCUUCUCCAUCGUUUUCUUUCAUCUAUCUCUUAUCACUUUCAAUCUUUCUCUGUUUCUAGGGUUUAAUUUUUCUCUGGGAAACAAAGUAUAAGUUGUCUCAAUCAAGGAAAAUUGCCCUGCCCUAAAUCUGUUUUCCUCUCUGACAGACAAAUUGAGGAGGCAAUCUCGACGUCUUGCCUCGACGCCGACUCUUCUGUUCACCCCUUCGUCGUGGUAUCAUCCAACGUUAGGGAAAGCUUCUUCUUGCACCAGUGUUGUCAAAGUUUCGGUCAACGGUGUCGUGCCUCUGUUCCUUCUCAGAGACUCUGGUGGUGUAUGUGUAACCGAGCUCGCCGGAGACUUCAUGGAGUUGAAACCAAAUCUUAUCUUAGAGAGAUAAUCAAAGAGAGAGAUGAGAGAGAUGGUGCAUCAGUUUCAAGAUCAUUGUACAUGCCUGGGAAAAACAAAGUCAUUGUACGAGCUGUCUCUUUUGACAACAAACAACAUGUUUCCAAUGAAGUAAGUGGUGGUGAUGAAAUCACUUUGGUGUCAUCAGCAAAGGACUGGUUGUCUGAAAACUAUGGGCAAGGUGAUGGGGCUAACUAUGCAGAGGAAGAAGCCGCCAAAGAGGAUGAGGUAUUGCAGGAGACAUUUGUGGCUUGGAGAGAGUUAUAUGAGGCAGAGCUUGCAAUUGAGCUAACCAAGCUGAUGCCGGAAUCUGCUCUUACAGCACCCAAGGAGAAGAAGCUUACAGGAAGACAGUGGUUUGAGAGUGGCAAAGCGAGCAGAACAAUGGUCGCUGCUAAUCAAGAAUCUGAGGAGGAAGAUGAUGAAGACACUGACUUUACAUUGAGCAGCAUUCAAUCUCCAUUACUCAUAGAUUCACGUUUUUAACAUUCUUAAAAUAGCAGCACCGGGAUGUAAACAUGUUUUUUUGCCUAAAUAAACUUUAUGUUCAAAAAAAAGAAAAAGUAAAUGAAUGUUAAAACUUAUCUUUGAGAAAAGUUAGAUUUAAAAAUUUAACAAAACCCUAAAUA